AUGACAGAAUUUAUAAUACAAAACAAGGAACUUGAAGAGCAAUUAAACAAUUACUUUAGUUCUGUCUUUAUGGAGGAAACCACAAAUAACUUCCCAGACAUACUCGGGAACCAAGGGGAGCAACGCAAUUGCAUUCGAUUCAAAUGUGUAUUGACGAAUACUAUCCUGGAUGUCCUUCGACAGCGAGCUGGAUGGGUUGAGGUCAAAGAUGAAGGGGAGUGGGACUUUUACUGGUGUGACAUCAGCUGGCUGCGAGAGAACUUUGGCUACACAUAUAUGGAUGAGCAUGUUCGUGUCUGUCACUUUCGCAAUCACUACGAGCUGACACGGAAAAACUUCAUGGUAAAAAACCUGAAGAGGUUUCGCAAACAGCUGGAGCGUGAGCAGGGCAAGCUGGAGGCAGCCAAAUGCGACUUCUUUCCAAAGACAUUUGAGCUCCCCAUUGAGUACCACCUCUUUGUGGAGGAGUUCAAGAGAAACCCUGGAAUUACCUGGAUUAUGAAACCGGUUGCAAGGUCACAGGGCAAAGGCAUCUUUCUUUUCCGAAAACUCAAAGAUAUCAUGGAGUGGAGAAAGGAUGGGAAUCGUGCAGAUGACACAAAGGAUGAAGUUGCUGUGGAGAGUUACGUUGUACAGCGCUACAUUGAGAACCCCUACCUAAUUGGAGGGAGGAAGUUUGAUCUGCGAGUCUAUGUAUUGGUGACGUCUUAUGUUCCUCUGAAAGCCUGGUUGUAUAGAGAUGGCUUUGCUCGAUUUUCAAAUACCCGAUUUUCACUGACCAGCAUCGAUGAUCAUUUCAUUCAUCUGACAAAUGUUGCAGUGCAGAAAACCGCCCCUGACUACGAUCCGGAAAAGAAACCACCUAAAAUCUCUACAGAAACCUCCUUAAACUCUGCAGAAAUCGCCUCGAACUGCUUCAGAAACUUCCCUAAAACUCUGCAGAAAACACCUCAGUCUGCUGCAAGAAACCUCCUCAAAAUCUGCAGAAACCACCUAAACUCCGCAGAAAUGUCAAAAACAGCUGCAGAAACCUCUACAAACUUUGCAGAAACCUCCUUCAAACCUAGCAUCAGAGACCUCCUCAAACUGCUGCCGAAACCUUCACAAACUUGCGGAAACCUCCUUCUCCUGCUGCAGAAACAUCGCAAAACUCUGCAGAAACUUCCUCAAACUGUGCAGAAAACCUCCCCUCAAACUCUGCUGAAUCCUCCUCAUACUGCUACAGAAAGCUCCUCAUACUGCUGCAGCAAUAUCCUCAAACUGCUGCAGAAACCUUCCCCAACUCAUCAGAGACCUCUCAAAUUGCUGCAGAAACUUGCCCAAACUCUGCAGAAACCUCUUGAAAACUGCUGCAGAAACCUGCUCAAACUGCUGCAAAAACCUCCCAAACUCUGCAGAAAUCUCCUCGAACUGCCAUAG